AUGUCCCACUUCUGCAGAACCUUCAGAAAACAGAGUGAGCAGAGUUUGUGGAAAACAUUCAUUAGACUCAGCGACACGUUCACGUCCUCUGUAUCCUCCCAUCGAAUUGAAUCCGGCACCUCCAAAGUUGAAUCCGGCACCUCCAAAGUUGAAUCCGACACCUCCAAAGUUGAAUCCGACACCUCCAAAGUUGAAUCCGGCACCUCCAAAGUUGAAUCCGACACCUCCAAAGUUGAAUCCGGCACCUCCAAAGUUGAAUCCGACACCUCCAAAGUUGAAUCCGACACCUCCAAAGUUGAAUCCGACACCUCCAAAGUUGAAUCCGACACCUCCAAAGUUGAAUCCGACACCUCCAAAGUUGAAUCCGACACCUCCAAAGUUGAAUCCGACACCUCCAAAGUUGAAUCCGACAGCUCCAAAGUUGAAUCCGGCACCUCCAAAGUUGAAUCCGGCACCUCCAAAGUUGAAUCCGGCACCUCCAAAGUUGAAUCCGGCACCUCCAAAGUUGAAUCCGGCACCUCCAAAGUUGAAUCCGGCACCUCCAAAGUUGAAUCCGGCACCUCCAAAGUUGGAUCCGGCACCUCCAAAGUUGAAUCCGGCACCUCCAAAGUUGAAUCCGGUACCUCUACGCAUGUGCGCGACUAA